UGUUCAAACAUCACAGGCUUAUCUUCUGCUUACUCUUUGAUUACCAGGUUUAUAAGAAAAUACCUAUUAAAUGCCUUGAAUAGCUACUUAUUUUUUACAUGGCACCACCCCUGGUUUCUCUCAGGGUAGUACUCCUUUCUCUUAGAGUUUUGACUGUGGCUUUCCUCGUCAUAACUGUCAUCAUCCUAAGCACCAACAGCGUCACCAUUGUAUCUCAAGGAAACUCAUUGAAAUUUCAUUUCAAAGAUGUUUAUGCCUAUAGAUACAUGUUUUCAGCCGCUAUAAUUGGAUUACUUUACGCUGUCAUACAACUGUUCUUCUCAAUCUCUGAACUCGCCACCAGAACUAAAAACCCUUUCAAUUAUCAACUGGAUUUUUACGGUGACAAGAUAAUAUCAUAUCUAGUGGCAACUGGUUCGGCGGCUGGAUUUGGAGUGACCAAAGAUUUAAAAGAUACAUUUCUAGCAUUAGUCGUAUUGGAUUCGACUGAUCCUGUAGAUAAGCUCUUCAGCAGAGGAUACGCAUCGGCUAGUAUGCUUCUCUUUGCUUUCUUCUGCCUCGCUGUUUUAUCUGUUUUUUCAUCACACACCACUGCCAAACACCAGUUUAGUUAAGUUCCAUCAUUAUUCACUCAUACUCUCUUCGAUUCGAUAAUAUGGCUUUGUAGCUCACUACAAGAAAUUAGCUAAAUAGCUACCGAUUUAUUCAUUGCUACAACGGAGAAUCUGUAGCUAAAACGGAGUAAGCGACAGAUAGCGACGGACGAAAACCGUGGCGUCAACAUCGACGCUAACUCCAAUCCGUCGCUAUGUUGUAGCUCGCUCGCGACGGAUGCGCAAGAGCACUGGCCGUAGCUAUUAGCUACAACAUGGCUAUGGAUUUUUCUGUCGCACCUUAGCAACGCUUUUAGCAAGAGAUAGAGUGUAGCUAAGUGGCUACAGAACUUGGCAACAAUUCAUCCUAAGCAAAGCUAUAGCAAAUGGAGCUACGAAUUUAGUUACAAAACAUUUUUUGUAUCUCAAGAAUUGGAUUCAGAUUAGCUACGGCCAAAUUUGUGGUUAUCAUUAUUAUGACAAAAAUAUAAAAUCCUGAUAAUUAAAAUUGAUUUUUUUUGUUUUCAAUACACAAAAAGCUAUAUAGAUUGAUAUUUUAAAACUAUAACAGCAUUAAAAUAAACUGAAACUCUUGAAACAUAAUGGAAACAAAGCAUUCAUUUAGUAGAAACAGAACAUGAAACUGAUAAGUGAAAACUAACAGACAUAACACAAAAAGAUUCUAACUGUUAUGUCUUCAAUUUUCACAGAAAAAAAGC